AUGGAAGUGGUCGUUGUCGCUAAUGAUAAAAAUUGGGUGGAUGCAAGUAAUCCGCUGAACAAUUUUUUGAUGGCGUUAGUUGCCAAGCAUUUAACCGUUCGAUUCGAUCUCGAUUAUACCGAUUUUUGCCCGCAAAUUGGUCAUAGCAAGUAUGAAGUGAAGGCCGGUGAAACUGUAGCUAUCAAAUUUCACGUGCCACAGCGAAGCACACUUUCGCCCGUGAUUCAUUCCCUUUAUGAAAACACGUUUUACGCUUCCACUGGGCCAUCGGUCCAUGCGUCGCAUCCCACCGGAACCGAAGUAGUAGUAAUGCAAGCACCUGAGUGUUUUGUUUCCGGAUAUGCCGUAUGGACGAUCAAAAAUUUCGUCUAUGAUUACUUCGCCUUGUACAGUCAG